AUGGACUACCCAAUUACCAAAAUAGUCGCAAUCACUUUAUCGAUUCUCCUGGCGCUGGUCAUACUGUUUCUGCUGGCUUGUAGAUACUUCAUACGAAAGCGCGCCCAACAGCAAAGCACAGAAAUGGAGAAUACGAAACCAAACGAGAAAAUUAUCCGGCAUCGUCCAACACCGUUGAAGCUACACGAAGUUCGUUACCAGCGUGUACCAUCACAGUUUACUCCAAUAAUCACACCUACCACACCAAGCCAGUUUACCAUACCACCAUCACGGCUCCAUCCAGAGGAUGGUAGAUCUGGUUCACCAGAUUACACCAAGGGUUUAUUCCCACUAAGCGCGAGGCUAGGUCCUGCUCUCUUACAACAAUCGCCAAAGCUCUUGCGUACAAUGUCAGAAGGACACAGUCCCACGGCAUUUAAAGAUGUUCGAACAACACCUCAUGGAAAGAUCGAAUGUUUCUUAAAGUACGAAGAUGACGAAAACUGUCUUUCUGUACAGGUGAAGUUAUUUAAUAUGAACUGAAUCAGCAAGUUAUUAUACGAUUAUUUAGUUAUAUGUUCGAGUGUGGUAUUUAAAUCUCAUCAAUAAACAAAAUAAAUCAUGACUGAAGGAGUUUAUAUAUCUGAUACCUUUGCAUGACAUAUUACAUAUUUUCAUGCUGAUUUACAUAGACUUUAAGUUCAAUUUUCUCAAGAAUACAAACGUUCUUAUCAAGACGUUUCACAAGCCAAUUACAACAUUCGCGUCGGUGUUGUAUCGGAUAUAUAAAAGUGUGUAUAUCCGAUACAAUAUGACCGCUCAUAUUGUAAAUACUACAUAUUCUAACCCUUCUCUUUCGUCGUACAGAUACUUGGCAAGAAAGGUCAUUCGCUCAGCUGGAUGUCGGGAAUUAGUAAUCCUUAUAUACGAGUCACCCUGAUCAGUUCCAACACGGAUUGCGAAGCAAUUCGUAGUUCAUCGUCCAAGAUCCUAAACCUUCCGUCCAAUCCAAGUUGCAAGCUAGAUGGCAUUGCAGAUGAAGAUCUAAGAGAUUGUUUGUUAAAAUUUGUGGUGCUGGAUUUUGAUCGCUUUUCGCGAAGUGAGUUUGUGGCAGAAGUGCUGGUUCCCCUGGGGGAUCUGGGUGACUUGCGUGAAGGUGUGACAAUAUGUGAAGAACUCAUGUUACAACAGAAAGUUAUGGUAAGGAAUAGAGUUUUAUUCCAUGACCCGGGUUCCAUUCCAGCCACAUGCAAUUGUGGAUCUACACGAGAUGACUCUUACUGGACCUCUAGUGAGGACAGUUUUAUAGAACUGAUAGAGCUAACCGGUAUAAAUAAAGUUAGUUUAGUUUAGGUUUCCUCCUGUAGUACACUGGAUCAAUAAGAGAUGAUCCUUACAGGACCUCUAGGAAGAACAGUUUAGAACUGAUAGAGCUAUCCAGUAUAAAUAAAGUUAGUUUAGUUUAGGUUUUCUCCUGUAGUUACACUGGAUCAAUAAGAGAUGAUCCUUACUGGAUCUCUAGGAAGAACAGUUUAGAACUGAUAGAGCUAUCCAGUAUGAAUAAAGUUAGUUUAGUUUUGGCUUACUGUAUAUCUGUUUGUUCGUUUGUUUGUUUGUCAGUCUGUCGGGUAGCCAUGAUCAUAUCAUAGUUUCACCAGUUAGACUGUAAAUUUGCCAGUUCAAUGGCUAAUAUUUUACCAUGCAUUUAAUCAUAGCUAGCGCCCAGAGGAUCAUUGCUUAUCUCACUGUGCAACCAAUGUGUGGCACAACAGUUGCAGGUCAUCAUUCUCAAAGCUGAUGGGAUACCUUCAAAGAGUGCUGUAUCUUUGGCUGGAUCUGGUAAGCGAAUAAUUCCAAGUAUUGUAAUAGUCAUGGUCAUGCUGUGUUAAUAAACCUGCACUAGUAAAUAGGUUAAAGACGAUACAUUUCUCAGUAAAAGUUUGAAUAAUGCAAAUCAUAAAAAAUUUGACCAGUUGCUAUGGCUGACUUCGCCAUUGUGUGCAUCUAAAAUUGUCAGGGUAUUCCAAAGUUUGUAACGUUUAAUUCAAAAGGUUCGCUCAACGAAUCUGUAUGUGGUAAAUGUUAAAUGUUUUUUAUUAGAAAAGAGAAGUCACUGCAUACCGACAAUAUAUUUUUUAUCGUUGCCAGACCUUUGUGUAAAAAUAACGCUGGAGACAUCAGAAGCUUGCUACAGACGCAAAACAAAAGGAAGUCGCAAGAACAAUAGUUACAUCUUCAACGAGAAGCUCGUGUUUGAAGUGAAUAGCGAGUUGCUCAAAGAUGCUAUGUUGUCGUUUGAGGCGACGCGUGGUGACUCGAAAUUACGAUACGAGACGAAAAUUGGCGUCGUUAAACUUGGACUGGACUCCAGUCAGGCUCUGGAGAUGCGUCAUUGGAGUGAAAUGCUAGCCUCGCCGCAGAAACAAAUUGCCGAAUGGCAUCAAUUGCGUCGAGUUUAG